AUUUUAGUUGGUUAUUUUUAUAUAUAUAUUAAAAAAUAUAAAUAUAAUAUUAAAUUUAUUAAUUCACCUUUUAAAUUAUUUUUAAUUUAUUUUACAAAUAAAUAUAAAUAUUUUUUUAAAAAAUUAACUAUAAAAAUAUAUAAAAAAUUAAUUAAUAUUUUUUUAAUUUAAUAAAAUGAACAACUAACAUGCUAGUAAUCGAAAAGACUAGUAUUAGAAAAACUCGUCUUUUACACUAUUAGCACUACUCAAACACUUCGUUUUUCCAACGCGUUUUACCCCCCACCCCUCGACCCCAACCACCCCUACCCCACCCACCCUGCAAAUUCGUCGGUCAUCUUUCUCAAUCUCCAUUUCUCAAUUCUCAUAAACCUCUCCUUUUGAUCUUUCUAUAUUUACUCCUACCUUUUCCCAUUUUUUAGCUUUAUUUCUAUUUUGGUUCUUUUUUUCACAUUUUUUUUGUCUUUAAAUUGAAUUAAUUGUUGCUGAAGAAACUGAAAAUCAGAUCCAAUUUAAUGCUAAAAAUGUCCUCAAUAUCACUUCUUGAUAGAUCCAUUUUCAUUUCUCCAUAAUAUCUCCACUUUUUUUUUUUGGUUUCCAUUUUUUUUUUUUCACUUUAUUUCUCUAAAUUCUGGAUUUUUUUGGGGGGGUAUUUUGAUUCUGUAGAGUUUUUCCUUUGUGGGUUUUGUUCUUUGUGAGAUUUUAGGUUGUGGGUGUUGGUUAGAUCAGUUUAUUUUUGACAUUUUGAUUUUUUUUUUUUUUUACUUUAUUUCUCUAAAUUCUUGAUUUUUCUUUUUUUGGGGUAUUUUGAGUCUAUAGAGUUUUUCCUUUGCGGGUUUUGUUCUUUGUGAAAUUUGGCUUGUGGGUUUUGUUCUUUGUGAGAUUUUGGGUUUUGGGUGUUGAUUAGAUCAGUGUAUUUGGUUCUAUAGGGAAAAUCCUUUGUGGGUUUUGAUCAUUGUGAGAUUUGAGGUUUUGGGUGUUGGUUGGAUCAGUGUGUAUAAUGUCUGGAGGAAAGAGUUCAGGUCAAUUGUUUACAAUUGGUUUAGUAACAGCUUGGUAUUCAUCAAACAUUGGGGUUUUGUUACUGAACAAGUAUUUGUUAAGCAAUUAUGGGUUUAAAUAUCCAAUUUUUCUUACUAUGUGUCAUAUGACUGCUUGUUCUUUAUUGAGCUAUAUAGCUAUUGCUUGGAUGAAAAUAGUACCAAUGCAGACUAUAAGAUCUAGGGUUCAGUUUAUGAAGAUCUCUGCUUUGAGUCUUGUGUUUUGCACUUCUGUUGUUAGUGGAAAUAUCUCCCUUAGGUACUUGCCGGUAUCGUUCAAUCAGGCUAUUGGUGCUACUACACCUUUCUUUACUGCUGUAUUUGCUUACCUGAUGACAUUGAAGAGGGAGGCUUGGUUGACUUAUGUCACUCUAAUUCCUGUUGUUACCGGAGUUAUCAUCGCUAGCGGGGGUGAACCGAGUUUUCAUCUAUUUGGAUUCAUAAUUUGCGUUGGUGCAACAGCUGCAAGAGCACUCAAGUCAGUGCUUCAGGGGAUUUUGCUCUCUUCUGAAGGGGAGAAGCUGAACUCCAUGAAUCUUCUACUCUAUAUGGCUCCUAUAGCAGUUGUAUUUCUGCUACCGGCAACGCUUAUGAUGGAAGAAAAUGUAGUUGGCAUUACAUUGGCACUUGCAAGAGAUGAUAGUAGAAUCAUCUGGCUUUUGCUAUUCAAUUCUGCUCUGGCAUAUUUUGUAAAUCUGACCAACUUUCUGGUGACAAAACACACCAGUGCCCUGACACUUCAGGUCCUGGGAAACGCGAAAGGAGCUGUAGCUGUUGUCAUAUCAAUCUUAAUAUUUAGAAACCCGGUGUCAGUUACAGGGAUGCUUGGCUACGCACUUACAGUUUUUGGAGUCAUACUCUACAGUGAAGCAAAGAAACGUACUAAAUGAAUGAGCAUCGAGAAUUUUCACUUGCGGCUUCUGAAAUUUAUUUGUUUGUUCAAGAAAUGGUUCAACUUUCACGAGGCAAGUCGGAUCAUGCUCUUGCCAUUUGGUGUCACGAGUUUUCUCCUCGAAUUUAUAUCUUUUGCCCAGAAACCUGUGAAACAGGCUUCCCAUCUGUAACAGCCAAGAGACAGUAAUAGGCUGAAUAGCAAGUCUUAAGAAGAAGUGACUUGAUUUGUCUAUCCAUUCUUCCCUGGCUUGGAUAGUAUUGAUAUCUUUUGUCUUUAUUCUUUCAGAAAGAAUGUAAAAUUGGGACUACACAGUAUGUUACUAUAGUUGUCAAAUUGAUUCAUUAAUGAAAAGGAUCUCAAGUUUAGAAAUUUA